AUGUUUAUGAAAGAAAUUUUAUUGAAUUGUUUCAUGAAUAAAUUUAAACAAAUUCAACAAUAUUCAAUGUUUCUAUAUCUAUAUCUAUUUGUAAUUAUUAUUCAAUUUCAUAUCUCUAAUAUAAAUGGACAAAAUAUAUUAAAAUAUGAACCAAAUAUUAAAUGGAAAACUAAUAAACAAUUAAUAAAUAAUCAUAAUAAUAAUCAUGAAUAUUAUGCAACAGAAAUUGUGAAAAAAUCAAAAAUGAUUCAACUACCAAUUGAACAAAAUGUUCUAGAAAAUUCUAAAACGUUUGAUUGGUUUAAAAAUAGAUCAAUGAAAAAAAUAUAUAAAACAAAUCAUCAUAAUAAUAAUAAAAAAAUAGGGAAUAUAAAUAUCACGCAAACAAUAAAGCUUGAACGGAAUAACAAUAAUAAUGUUAUUAAUCGUAAAUUAGACCAUCAGAAUUCAGAACAAAGAUUACGGAGUGUAAGUUAUCGGAAUAGAAGUGUUUCGGACGUGCACAAUAAUACUGAUACUACAAAUGAUCCACUUAUAUUUAUUAAUGUCAGUAAACUACUUGAACGAGAAAAACGUCAUGUUCCUUCAGUGGCACAUUACAUUCUUUCGCCGUUAGUAGCGAAUCGAAAGAAAGAUCCUUAUAAUUAUGUCUCAUUAACAUCGUCAUCAUCUUCAACAUCAUCCUUACCAUUAACUUAUGGUUCACAGAAUUCACGAAAGGAAAAGUCAACUAAAUUUGGAACAUCAGUAAAACCUAGAAAGCUGACAAGUCAAUCAUUUAUCGCAUACAAUGUUGAAAAUGAUAUUUUUAACUUUGUAUUUCAAUUUGUACGAUAUAAUCGAACUUCUGUAGAUUUGAUUACGGCAUUCAAUUUGAUACGUGAAUGGGAACGUUUCAAAUUAGUACAACAAGUACAAAUUCAAAGAGAGCAAAAAUUAAAAAUGUUACGUCAUAAACAAGAGCAUAGACGUCUUGAUGAAUAUCAUCGUUAUCUACGGCAUUUUUCAACGAUGCUUACCAAUGAAAAAGCCAAACAAUUUAAAAAAGCACAAAAUUUUUAUGACUUCAAAAAAAUUAUCAUCGGUACUAAAGGUGUUAAAACAGAUUUGAAAUAUAAUGAAAAAACGAUUAAUUCACGUUUAGAUUCACAAUCAUUAACAGAACGACAAAAAAUUCAUGAAUCAUUAUCAUCUUCAAAUUUAAAUGAAAUACAGUUUUCUGGUGGAAUUGGUGGAGGAAUAUUUGCGGAUAGUUUACGACUACGAAAGAUAAGUAAUCGUGAAGGUCGUGCAGUUGUACCUGACAGUAGUAAUAAUAAUAAACAAAGUCCAUUGAAAAUAAAUUUAGCAACAGAAUUUUCACAUAUCUUGAGUAAAACUAAUGAACAAUUAUCAAAAGAUCUACAAUCCGAUGAAGUGAAAAUCGAUUCUGGGGGAUAUCCCAAUGAAGAGUCAUAUUCGGAAGAUGAAUUAAGACGAGCUUUUGAAAAUUAUCAAGAAUUCAAAAUGAUAUCUUGCCAACCACAGAAUCGAACAUUAUGUACAGAAGCACUUCUUCGUCUUAAUCAUGAUCACCAGCAACAACACCAAGAACCAAAUCAUGACCAUCAUCAUCAUCAUACAGCUCUUAUUAUACCACGUGGUAUACACAUUCAAAGAUGUGGUCAACAAGAAAUUUCACGUUGUAAUCAUUAUACAAACUCAUUUUCAAAUUAUGAUGAGGAAUAUGAUUAUGAGCGAUCAGAAUUCACACAGCUUUCAUCAUCUUCAUCUAACAGUCAUGUAAAUUAUGAUGACCAAUAUUUAGAUAUAUUAAAUGAUCGAAAUCAGUAUACAUCUUGUAAUUGUGAAACACUUGAAGAAGAAUGUUUACCUAUAAAGGUUUCAUUAAAAACAUUUGCAGUUGCUGUGAUGCAAAUUGUACCGUUUGGAAAUUUCACUCAUUCAACCGAACUGAUUGCAUUAACAAAUCAUUUACAGUGUGGAUGUCAACCACGCUGCAGUAAUCGACUAUGUAUUGCUCCACUGAAAUUUAUUAUGCACACAUUUUCAGAUUGUGCAUGUGUAUGUCAACCGAAUGAUAAACGAUGUUUUGAAUUGUUGGAAGGGAAACGUCAAUUCACGGCUGAAGAAAUUCCAUUACCACUGAAUGGUUCUUACAUCUUACCACCUUGUCGUUAUGGUGUAAUGGAUGAUUUACACUUAUAUCAUAGACAUUGCCCCGGACCAACUAGAAAUACGCUUCCAAUUAAAUAA